AUGGUUCUGAGUAUUGUUGGACUUGGACUUGGUGAUGUUGAAGAUAUUACCAUUAAAGGGUUCAAAGCUAUUAAAGACGCAGAUAUUGUAUAUCUUGAAAUCUAUACAUCAUUCCUUAUCAACUCUGAUAAACACAAACUAGAGGAGUAUUAUGGGAAGGAGAUAAAGGAGGUGGAUAGAAUAUUUGUAGAGGAACAGAAUGAUACAUUAUUAAAUGAAGCUAAGGACAAAAAUGUGGCCUUACUUAUUGCAGGAGAUCCAUUUAGGUAUCCCCUUACUCCUCUUUCUUCCCUUACUACCUACCCAUAUAUUUAUUAUCCCUAUGCCACAACUCAUGUUGAAAUAUAUUAUAAAGCCAUGAACUCUGGCAUAAAUGUUAAUGUCAUUCAUAAUGCCAGUAUUCUCAAUUCCGUUGGAAUCACAGGACUACAAUUGUAUAGAUUUGGUGAGACUGUAUCGAUACCGUUUUUUGAGGAGAAUUGGAAGCCUUUUAGUUUCUACGACAAGAUAAUGCAGAAUUAUAACAACAAUUUACACACGUUGUGUUUAUUGGAUAUUAAAGUUAGGGAACGGAGUGUUGAAAACAUUAUGAAAAAUAAACUCAUAUUUGAGGAGCCCAGUUAUUUAUUACCUGUCAUUUACAAUUUUGAAUUCGGAAUUUUCCCCUAUUACUCAAAUAUUAAUAUGAAUACAGUAACUCACUACCAUAACUAUUACUAUAAUUUUACUAUUAUUCUAAGAUUUAAAAUAGGUAAGAUUGACUUUAUGGUGAUUGGCAUAGCUCGCUUGAGUUCAGAAGAUCAAAUAAUAAAGUCUGGUAAACUUGAAGAUUUAUUAAACUUUGACUUUGGGCCUCCUUUACACUCACUCAUCGUCUGCUCUCCACAUUUACAUCAUUACGAACAGCUCUUCUUCAACCACUACUCAUAA